AUGGAGGCUAAAUUGGGUUUAGAUCAUCAAAAUAAUCAGGUCAGUAGAAAGACUUCUAGACCCUUAGUCUUCCCUGACCACAGCCUGGUGUUUAUCUGUGAGCUCCCAUCAAAGGAAGAUCAAACUGCAGAAGAAGGCCAAGAAUCGAUUAAAGUCAAACUUCCAGCACAAUGUAAUGUGUACCAGUUGCGUCUGCGCCUCUGCAUGCUUGCUCAAGUAACCAGUCAAAUGUCAGACCCACUGGAGCUGCUAGACCCUGAGAAAUAUAGAUUACUCUAUACUAAGGAAGGUAAUCAAUAUGAGAUUUAUGAUGACAGUCAGAUAGUCAGAACCUUGGACCUUCCAUGGGUUCUGAACGCUGCAGGUCACAGGACAGCUUUGGUAAAAGUCUCACCACAGCCAGAGGUUUCUGAAGAAGAGAAGAGCUACCAUCAUGUUCUGGCUGAACUAAUUGGCUUUGAUUUAGAUUCUACACAUGCCAAUCGAUUGGAUGAGCUGAACUUCACCCGCAGGAAGUUUGCCUCACCACGCCAAGAAGAAAUAAGAAAGCGUGAUCUUAGAGCCUAUGCCACCGAGCCAUGGACAACCUCUGCACCCUUACCCAAAGAUCAGCAAGUUCUGCUUGCGCGCAAGCUGUCGGUGACUCUAUAUUAUGGUAGUAGAAACCUCAGAAUUCAGGUGGUUGUGCAAGAGACACCAGAUGGUCUCAAAAAGAUCAUGUGGGAAUCAAUGUCAAAGCAUACUAAGUAUUUUAAGAGCUGGUCUGCAGACCAUGUUCUCAAGGUGUGUGGUAGAGAGGAGUUCCUUUGCGGAGAUUUCCCACUUUGGCAUUUUGUGUGGGUCAGGCACUGUAUGAAGAAUACGCAGGAUCUUCACCUGUCAGUAGUUGCAAUGGGUUCACUUCCAGAUGACACAGUUAAAAUCAAAGACUGGCCCAUGGUGGACAGUCUCACAGGUCUUUCUAGCUCCCAUGAGGAGCUUUCCCUGGAAGGGAAGGAAGUGGAUGAGAUCCUAAUGAUUUCACUGUGGGACUGUGAUAGGAAGUUUAGGGUGAAGCUUUUAGGGUUUGACAUUCCUGACCUGCCAGGCAAAAUCCCUCAACUUGUCCAUGUAGAAGCCAGCAUCAUCUAUGGGAGUAAAGUAGUGUCAUCUGUCUCCUCUUCACCAAAGGCCAUAGCAGAUGAGGUGCUUUGGAACUCUUGGCUGGAGUUUGAUAUUCUUUUGAGAGAUCUCCCACGUGGAGCAAAGCUGGGCUUCACCAUUAAUGAAAGCACCCAGCAUGGUUCCACAAAGGAGUCCAAGUCCCCCACAAAGGAGUUAAAGUCCCUCUCUUCAGGUAAAGCAGCAGACAUCCCGAAGGGAAAACAGAAGGUCCUGUACUUUGCAAACCUCCAGCUAAUUGACCACAGGUCUGUCCUUAGCCAGGGCCCCCACACAUUACACAUGUGGCCUUUUUCUGAACAAGAGGGAGAGGGAUGUACUUAUGAAGCUGAUAAGCUUUCCACUGCAACCAACCCAGAUGUGGCCAAAUCAAUGGCAAUCACUUUUCUGUUGGAUCGCUACAACUUCCCAGUGGUCCUUCCACACAGUACGACCUAUAAUGAUACCCCUUCUCCUCCAAGCACAUUGUCCCCCACAUCUAGUCCCAGUUCUCCACUCCCCAUGUUUGGCUCCAGUCCAUCAUCUCCAGUUAGCAUGGGUUCACCUACCACAUCCCUACUGUCCACAGAUAAAUCCCGUUUAAGGAAUAUCAGACAACAGAGCUAUACCUCCAAUCUUCCUCAGUUCCUCCGUACUGUGGACUGGCUUAAGCCCAGUGUAGUUCAGGAUGUUCAUUGGCUACUGAGUCACUGGGAGCCUCAGGAUUUGGAGUUGCCUGUUGCUCUGGAGCUUCUGAGUGUGGAUUAUGCUGAUGAGAAAGUCAGAGAAUUGGCUGUUCAGAGACUGGAGACACUCACUAAUGAAGAGGUGCUAAGGUAUCUGCUUCAACUAGUUCAGACCUUGAAAGUAGAGCCAUAUCAUGAUAGUUCCUUGGCGAGGUUUCUCAUUCGACGAGCCUUAAGGAGCAAGAGAAUUGGGCACUAUUUUUUCUGGUACCUGCGGAGUGAGGUGGCUGCAUGCCCAUUUUUCCGUCAGCGUAUGGCAGUAAUACUGGAGUCUUAUUUGCUGGGCUGCGGCCAGGCAAUGCUGUCAGAGUUCCAGCGACAGGUACACGUUGUCACAAGCCUGAGUGAUGUGGCCAUUAGAAUGAAACAGUUCUUUCCAGAGAAGAAUGACCUCACACCGGCAGCUCCUCAGCUGCUACAGGAAUUUCUGCAGGAGUACAAUUUACCAUCUGAUUUUCAGGUGCCUUUUGAUCCUCGCAUCAGAGCUGGCAGCAUCCUGCUGGAUAGAUGCAAAGUGAUGGCCUCCAAGAAAAAACCUCUCUGGCUGGAAUUUUCCUGUGUGGCCUCACAGGCUCCUCCUACACCACCUGUGGGAAUCAUCUUUAAGCAUGGGGAUGACCUUCGCCAGGACAUGUUGGUUAUCCAGACACUGAUGUUGAUGGACUCAAUUUGGCAGGAGAAAUCAAUGGAUCUGAACUUGGUGCCUUAUGGUUGUAUAUCCACAGGAUAUAACAUCGGUAUGAUAGAGAUUGUGAGAGAUGCUUUCACAAUCGCUGGAGUUCAGAAGAGUCAGGGUGGCACCGUGGCAGCGUUUAAAAACGAUGCCCUCUAUAAGUGGAUCGAGAGUCGAUGUCCUUUAGACGAAAAGCACUAUCAUGCCAUGGAGAAGUUUGUUACUUCUUGUGCUGGUUAUUGUGUGGCCACAUAUGUGCUAGGCAUAGGGGACCGUCACAAUGACAACAUCAUGAUCACUGACCAAGGAAAUCUGUUCCACAUUGAUUUUGGACACAUCCUGGGCAACACCAAGAGCUUCCUAGGUGUGAGCCGGGAGCGAGUUCCCUUUGUCCUCACUCCUGACUUCCUUUAUGUCAUGGGAAAGGUCAAAGGGCAAACUAGCCUCUGCUUCCAGAGAUUCAAGGAAAUCUGUAUCCAGGCCUACUUGUCCCUGCGCUCCCAGUCCCGCCUUCUGCUCACUCUGUUCUCCCUAAUGCUACCGACAGGCAUCCCUGAGCUCAGUACAGCACAGGAUAUGCGCUACCUCCGUAUGGCUCUGCAGGAGGACUGCUCAGAGGUUGAGGCACGUCAGCACUUCCUGCAGCAAAUUAAUGAGUGUGAGAAGUUGGGCUGGACAGUACAGGCUAACUGGUGGAUUCAUUUGCUGGUUGGUAUGAAGUAAACAACAGAGACAGGUGC